UGCGGGAUAACUAGUCCUGGACCGUGUCAGUCUCACGCACUUUGUGGUCCGGGGUCCUGCAGACAGGACAAACCUACUGAUUCAACUUCACAAGACAUACAAAAUACAGACAAAAUGUGGCAUGCAGCCCUUCUGUUAUUGGCUGCAGGCGUGUCUCUGAGCCUGGCCAGACCCCACCUCCAGCCACUGUCCAAUGAGAUGGUCAACUACAUCAAUAAGAUGAACACUACAUGGAAGGCUGGUCACAACUUCCAUGAUGUCGACUACAGUUACGUGCGGAGACUCUGUGGAACGAUGCUGAAGGGACCUAAACUCCCAAUCAUGGUUCAGUAUGCUGGAGACCUGAAGCUGCCUGCAGAGUUUGACUCCAGAGAGCAGUGGCCUGAGUGUCCCACACUGAAGGAGAUUAGAGACCAGGGCUCCUGUGGAUCCUGCUGGGCUUUUGGCGCUGCAGAGGCCAUCUCCGACCGUGUGUGCAUCCACAGUGGUGGCAAGGUCAAUGUGGAGAUCUCCGCUGAGGAUCUGCUGACCUGUUGUGAAGCCUGUGGCAUGGGAUGUAAUGGUGGUUACCCCGCGGCUGCCUGGGACUUCUGGACUAAAGACGGACUGGUCUCUGGUGGUCUCUACAACUCCCACAUUGGUUGCCGGCCCUACACCAUCGCCCCUUGUGAGCACCAUGUGAAUGGCAGCAGGCCUCACUGCAGUGGAGAGGGUGGAGACACACCUGAGUGUGUCCACACCUGUGAAGCAGGAUACUCUCCCAGCUACAAAAAGGACAAGCAUUACGGUAAAUCGUCCUACACCGUGGAGACGAGUAUGGAGCAGAUUCAGGCAGAGAUUUCCCAAAAUGGUCCAGUAGAAGGAGCCUUCACCGUCUUUGAAGACUUUGUGAUGUAUAAGUCCGGUGUGUAUCAGCAUGUGCAUGGAUCUGCUCUGGGUGGUCAUGCCAUCAAGGUCCUGGGUUGGGGGGAGGAGGAUGGCGUCCCCUACUGGCUCUGUGCCAACUCCUGGAACACUGACUGGGGUGAUAACGGAUUCUUUAAAAUCCUGCGUGGGUCCGAUCACUGUGGUAUCGAGUCUGAGAUGGUGGCAGGAAUUCCCAAAUAAAUCCUGAGGUUUUUAGCAGCAGUGGCCAUUUUAAAUCACUAGAGGGUGACACACUCCUGCAUUUAGUAGCAAAGCGUUUAAAGUCCAGUGAGAACCAUGCACACAAGAUUCUUUCUACAGCAAACUGAACAAAUUCCAGAGUAACCUUCACUUCAUGUAGGUGGAUUAGCAGAUGGGGUAUGACAGCCAAAACUUGCCUGAGCACAAUUCAUCAUGUUGAAUUCAAGGUGGUUCUGUGAACGGUCUGGUUCUUUCCGUUUUUUUUAAAGGGUAAUCAAGGUUGCACUGGAAGUAAAUGUUUUUUAAAGACACGUAUGUGCAUUUCAUUUCAUCUCAGGUGAUUGGAAGCAGACUGUCAGCUGAUUCAAUUUGUUCCCCUGUUGUCACAAUGUUUUUCCGCAAGACUUUUUAGAGAAAUACAGCCCCUAAUGUUUUUAAAAUUUUUAAGUAAUCAUAGCUUUCAUGGUAAUUGCCAGUUUUUAUUCAAUUGUUUUUUAAAUUUUAUUGCCACUAAUGCCACUCUACAAUUUCUGGAAAUAUUCCUUACAACUGGUGCCUGUUAGUGUUUUUAAACUUUAGUAGCAGAUGAAAAACUGACUUUUUUAUUUUAUAUGCUUGUGAAUGAGAUGUUGUUGGCCUGUAGCCAAAAAAUAUUGGCACACUAAUGUUCUGAAUUAAAUAAAACAUUCUUGGUUCCCA